AAAGAAAUUUAUUUGACGGAGCAACAAAGGGUAUCGUAUGAUGUGCUCUUUUGUCUCCUUCCACACUUGUUUGUAUAUUAUAAAAACAGACAAGUUGCAGGUGUUCAUCAUCAAUACUCAUCCAAACACAACUCUCUCUCUCUCUCAAUCUUGGGGUACAGAAAUAGAGUUGAAUGGCAGCCAAAUCCAAGAGUCUUCAGGUGAUCGGGAAGCACGUGGUUAACAGCCUCCGUUCAUGCGCUUUCGCACGCGCCGUCGCAUCUGAUCUCUCAGCUUCUCGUGUAUUGCUUAACAGGAAUGGUCACACAUCAGCGUAUGAUAAGAACGUAGAGGAAGAAUUGCAAUCGAGUAAGGUGCCUGAUGAAUUGAUAAAGCCUGAGGUUGACUCUGACAAAUAUUGGUCUCCUCACCCUCAGACCGGUGUCUUUGGACCUUCCUCAUCCUCCAACACCGACACAACCGAAGAGAAUCGCAGCAGUCAAGAUGACUCAGUAAUGGAUGAGAAAGCUUGGUUCCGUCCAACAAGUCUCGAGGAUUUGGACAAGACUCACCAUUCAUAGCAACACAACUUACUCUUUACUUUAAUUAUGUUUUGAGAGUGUUUUCGGAAUCUCGUAAUAAAAUUUGAAAUCAAACUAAUGUUGUUGCAAUAAUGAACAAAACUUUGUUAUGAUGUUAUACAAAUGUGACUAUACGCUUGUUUUGCAUUUAUGGACAAGUUGGCUCUCUU